CACUAUCCUCUGAGUGAAUUUUUUCAUCUCCUCGCAUUAAAACGAGAAACCGGAGAAUGGGGCAAACGAGAAUCACCGUUCAACUUGGCAGAGGCGGAUUUUAAUGGUGCGGCUGCACUCGGGUAGCAGAGGGACAAGGAAAAACACACGGGCAGUUGUCAGGAGUGGGAUUCGAACCCACGCCUCCAGGGGAGACUGCGACCUGAACGCAGCGCCUUAGACCGCUCGGCCAUCCUGACGACGCAUGAGCGAGCGGCUGGCGGUUGGACAGAUUGGUGCACCGGGAGAGGGGCCCGGCUCACAGGAUACGGCUGGGCAGGAAGCGGUGGCGACGGUUUCUGUGUCCUCGGGCAGACGGCGUUUAUGUCGGCCCCGCGGUGUUUUUGUUGUUAUCUGGGAAGCGGCUGCGGGUGAACUCCGUCCAUGGCGGCGGCUGGCCGCAAACCGAGCCGGGAGGAGCUGGCCGAGCUGGUGGCCCUGGCCUUGCGCUGCGGCCUGAGCGAAAGCGACAUCGCGGGGCUGCCGUCGGUGCAGAAGCUGCUGGGCCGCUCGGGCUCCGGCUCCCGGCGCGGCCUGCAGGUCUCGGCCGCUCUCCUGCUCCUGUUGCUCCUCCUGGGAGGCCCCCUCCUCCAGCCCGGCUUCCGCCUCUGGUUCUGGCUCCGCGGCCUGCCUCCCCACACGCAGAUGUGCGCCCUGGGCCUGGGCGAGCUGCACAACACGUUCCGCCGGCCCCUGGACUGCCGUGUCUGCCGCAACAUCACCGGCGUCGACCGGAGGAGUAACCUGAGCCACGAGGAGUUCCUGCGGGCCUACGCCUACUCCAUGCAGCCGGUGGUGGUGGAGGACGGCCAGAGGAACUGGUCGGCCAGGGAGGUCUUCAGCUUCGAGUUCUUCACACGGAUCUACGACAACCAGAGCCGGGCCCUGGACAGCAGCGCCAGCGAGUGCCAGUUCUUCCCCUAUGACACCGAAUUCGUGAACCUCGGCGAUGUGUUCAGUAUGGAGGCCGGCCGUGCCGCCGGCAUGGACAGCAAUGCCAAGCCGUGGUACAUUGGAUGGAGUAACUGUGAUUCCAGUGCAGCAAGUAUCCUGAGACAGCACUAUAAGCGACCAUAUUUCAUCCCAGCCAUUUCUGAAUCCAGUAAAAUGGAUUGGAUUUUCAUGGGAGUACCAGGGCAUGGAGCCCACAUGCACAUUGAUGACGUAGAUAACCCCUCAUGGCAGGCCCAAAUCAGAGGCAUCAAACACUGGAAGCUGGAACCUCCAGCCGAAUGCUAUUAUGAUUGCCCUUCUCUGGAAGCCAUUGUGUACCCUGGGCAGAUCAUUGUGUUGGACACAAAUAAAUGGUUUCACGAAACACACAUUUUGGGAGAAGAACUCAGUAUUACUAUUGGUUCGGAAUAUGACUGACUUUUUGAGCAGGUCUUAAUCUUGGGCGAAGAAACACAGUGCCACAUUGUUAUGGCUUCAGAAGUAGAAUCGAGAAAAGUCUACAAGAUUGGACACUGACUGUUACAGUUUUGAUGUUCACAGCCUUAAAUGAUGGUCAAUAAAAGGACUAUUAGAUUUAUGUCUCUCUUAACUGGCAGUCCUUGAAAGCUUAUUUCUUCUGAAUGUUGGAACAGGGCAGUUGAGGAUAAAUGGACUCAUUAAUAAACAGUUUCUGUUGCUGAUUUUUAUUUUUUUUCCUGAAAAUGUAACACCCUUUAGCUUUGGAAAAACUGACUGAGAAAAUGAGUCUUAGGUGUUUGGAUUUCACCAGUGCCUUAACAUUUCUUAGCAACCUCCAAACACAACUUGUAACUUACAGUCACAAGGUGGUGGGACCAAAUUCAACAGAAGUUUCAAAAAUAGUGCUUUAUUCCCUGUCCCAAAUUUCAAGCUGUAGCUAUUGCUGCAAUUUUCCUGCAAGAUUCGCUGAUUCACUUUAACUUCUGUUCAGCACUAAUGUAUUUUAUUUACAAUGAAGUUUCAUGUGCUAAUUGAUGGGCCAUUUGUAAACUACAUACAGCUCUAAAAUAUCAUCUCAGUGUUUCAAAAUUGGUUGAAGGUUUUUGAUCUCAUUAUUUGACUCUUUUUGUGAACUUACAGAAUUUCACGUAUCAGGGCUGUUAAUAUUGUCAUAUUCGAUUUGACUCAUUAGCUGUUUCCCUCAACACAGAUGCUGCCAGACUUGCUCAAGAUUUUCAGCAGUCUGUUUUUAUUACUAACUGACCUCUCAUUUCCAGCUUUAAAAGCAAUGCACUAGCUGAAUAUUCCACAAUAUUCCAGUGAGAUGAGUUUGCAGUUACCUGGUUUUGUUCCAGUUUUUAAAAACUUGUUCCAUACAGUAGCUCUGAAUAAAUCUAACUAGUGUCUCCAUUUGGCUGUUCCAGCUUUCAUUUUGAAAUUACAAAGUGGCAGCUGGGAAUACCUGGCUAUUUCAUUGCUACCACAUUAGCCCUUACAGAUAAUUCUAACUUGCUGUCAGAAAUAUUUAUAAUUUAAACAAAAUAGUCAGAAGAUUUACUCUGUAAAUACAUGUGAAAUAUCAGCACAGCAUUUUAAAAAUUAAAAUCCUCAUCACAUACAAUGAAUUUAGUUUGCCCAGACUUGCAGUAGGGAGCCCAAAAAUGUGAUUCAGUAGAUAAGCUGCUUGUGGAGCUGAUCAGGUCAGGAAGGACCAGCUUUGAGCAAGAAUUCACGUCGAUUUGGAAAGUCAUGUAUACGACCCAUGCAUGGCCAGCCUUUUCGAGGAUUCAGGAUGGUUGGAAGUUUGAGCUGUGGGAGGGAAUUGAAAGUUUUGUGGUGAUUCCUGUCCCAAACUGCUAACCAGUGAUUCUCCUGGUGUGGACUGAAAUGUGGCUUAGUGGUAAAACCCCAACCCAGUCCCAGUGAGUGAAGACUGGAACUCUGGCUCUGAAAUCCAGUCGGAUACUUGACUGAGUGCUUCCCCUACUACAUUCUUUGGUAACAAACUCUCCCAGUGUAUAAGAUUAAUCACCUAUCAACUGUUAUAAAACUGGAAGGAGUGCUCACUCUACAGCCUUCCGUCAGCCUGCCAGUACUUCUACCAUGGCACUCUUUUUUUGGUCCAGAGGAACUAUGAAGAUAUGAUAACAGUCUCCCUGCUAGAUGUGUGUAAGUGGACAGGGGACUAGGUUCGAUUUGAAUAAGUCGCUCAUUAAUGCAACGUAUACAGUGCAAUUCGGGACUAGGCUCACAUAUGAAGUAAUUGAGAGCUACUUGCAUCUGUGCAACUGGAACUGCCUUCAUGAAAAGAAAUUAAAAGUGUAAAUGGUUAAUUUAAGCCUGAGUGAAGUUGAUCAUUCACAUGUUACUUCACGUUUGUCUGAUUUCAACCAAAAUCCUAAAUUUGAGUCACCAAUUCCUGACCAGUUAUACCCAUAGUUCACUCUAAAGCAGGUGAGCUUUUGUCUGACAUCUCUUUCUAAACUCAGUCCUUUUCAAGUGCAAAGCUAAGCAUAUUACUUGCAGCCACUGUUAACCUCAUGACACUUUUGUUCCAAAUUCCUUGGCUUUGCUUGUUUACAGUAAUGACACUUAUGUAACUGCAGUGGUUUUAAUGUAUAAUGCGUUUAAUAUGUAGUUUAAAAACCUUGUGUUCCUGUUAGGUAUGUGAUUAUCUUGGCUGUGUUUUGUAUGUCACUGUCCUGUGGACAGCACUUAUGAAAAUUUCUCAAGUUACUUGAUGUAACCCAUUUGUCUGAUAUUCAUACGGGAAUAAAGCUUUUUCUGUGGGAAAGAGUUAUGAUACUUUUUUGAUGUUGAGAUUGUAUUUAAAAACUGUACUAAGCUAGUCUGCAGUUACAUUUUGCUUUUAGAGGCAAUGUUCUUCAAGUGAAAUAGGCAAGCCAGCAGCCGAAUAGGAUGCUCCUCCAGGAGCUCCUCUGCUCUGUCUGUUCUUUUUCACCUCCCUUUUUGUUCCCCUUUUUUUUGCUCUCUUUCUUUUUUUUUUCCUUCUUCUCGCCCCUUAUCACCGGAGGUGAAUCCAGGAGUAGUGGCAGGUACUGGCAGCAAACCCUGGUCCAGCGUAUGCACUGUGAGCCCCGAAACAUUGUGAGCAGCGAACCCUAGCCCAGCACGUGGGUUGCGAGCCCUGAAGCAUUGUGAGGAGUGGACCCUGGUACAGCCUGUGGGCUACGAGCCCCAAAAUAUUGCGAGGAGUGAACCCUGGUACAGCGCGUGGGCUGUGAGCCUCGGAGCAGCGCGCAGGCAGAGAGUCCUAUUCAGAGACCAGUGCAGAGGAGGCAGCCUUGGCACUUGGAGCAGCUGAAUGCCGGUAUGUAGUGGCCUGAAGCUUGGUGCAGAGUGGGGAUAGCAGUUAGGGUCUCUGCACGUGGUCUAUGUUGAGCUGUUACACUGUAAAGUCUAUUUGAAAUUUCCUACCUUACUGUAAUGUUAACCCUUUAUUGAUGUCUGUUUUUAACUUACUUUUCAAUGCUGUAAAUAAUGCAACUACUUUUAUUCCUCUGCUGUAUCUAAGAAUUGCAGCUGGGUAAUGUGCCUAAGAUGUUGCCACAAAAAGGCAGACAUUGUUUAAGCUUUUCACUGCACUUCUAUAAUGGAGUACAUGUGACAAUAAAAGGAUAUUGUAUUCUCCCUUUAUAA